GUUCACAUUACACAUUCAGAUACCGUGGAUCGUCCGAGGCGGACGUGGACGCCAUUCAUUUUUAUAGUUCGUUAAAUAGCUCUGGUAUAAAACAUUUUGUGAUUCGUGAAACUAAAUCGAAAUGGCCCAUAAUGAACAAAAAACUGAUUUGUCUGGCGUGGGCUACGCACCGCCUCAACAAAAUCCGCCUCCGUACAAUAACCAGACACAGCCAGGUCUAUACCCGGCCGUUCCUUCCGUCGCCCCCGCGCCCCCCCAGCAGUUCGUUACAGUUGUCCCGGCACAGCGAAUGGGCCCUGAGCCCACGAACACAAGCUGCCCUUCAUGCAGUGCGGCAAUCGUCACCAGAGUAGAUCACGUGCCAGUGACUAAAACCCACCUGUUUGCUUUGCUUCUUUGCCUAAUAGGUUGUUGCCCAUGUGCUUGUAUCCCUUACUGCACGGACUCCUGCAAAGAUGCAAACCAUUACUGUCCGAAUUGCAACGCGUACAUUGGAAGCUACAAUCGCUAAAUAUUUCAGUUGGUUCAAUAGAUCAUUAACUGUAAAAAUAACAUUCUAGUUCUGUUAUUUAAUUCUAUUUUGAGCUAUGAACUGAGCAUAGCACUAAAUAGAUAUCGCUUUUUACCUUGAAGAACAAAUAGGUCUAAAUGUGUUUGAGGAUACAUAUAAAAACAGAGUUUUAUUUUACAGUAUAAUGUAUAAAUUCAGUCAUUAGUUGCCUAAGUGUUGGCUGCAACUAUACGAUUCUGAAUGUUGGUAUUUUCAAAACAAAACAUUAUCAGUGUUGAUUGUCAAUAAAUUCAAUAUGUUA